CUCUACUCUCUCUCAUUUCAGCCUCGGCGGAGCUCGGACCGUGCUAGCGGUGUGAUCUCGGUAUGAUGCGGGCGUUCGGAGGCGUGGAGGCCCGGCUGUUCUGCGCGCUGAUGGUCGCCCUGGUACCCGGUACCGCAUCAGACCUGCCGACGCUCGUGCAGGAUCCGGUCCGAACCGAGUCGUCUCUUCUGAAGCCAAAAGUCAUGAUCGCCAUUCUGGCUCGCAACUCUGCGCACAGCCUGCCACAUUACCUGGGCUGCAUCGACAGACUUGACUACCCGAAGGAGCGCAUAGCGAUCUGGGCAGCGACAGACCAUAAUAUAGACAACACCACAGCCAUUCUGAGGGAGUGGCUGAGAAGAGCCCAGGACCAGUAUCACUAUGUAGAGUGGAGACCUCUAGAUGAGCCAAGGUCCUAUACGGAUGAGUGGGGACCGAAGCACUGGCCUCCAUCUCGUUUCCAGCACGUGAUGAAACUGAGGCAGGCAGCUCUGAAGGCCGCACGCGAACGGUGGGCCGACUACAUCCUGUACUCAGACAGUGAUAACCUGCUGACCAACCCCAGGGUUCUGGACCUGCUGAUGUCGGAGAACCUGACUCUGGUGGCUCCUCUUCUGGACACCAGGUCUCUCUACUCUAACUUCUGGUGUGGCAUCACCCCCCAGGGCUACUACAAGAGGACUCCAGACUAUCAGCCAAUCAGAGAGUGGAGGCGUCUGGGUUGUUUCCCUGUUCCCAUGGUGCACAGCAGCUUCCUGCUGGACCUCCGUCGUGCCUCCAGCCUCUCUCUGGCCUUUCACCCCCCCCACCCCGACUACAGCCUGGCCUUUGAUGACAUCAUGGUCUUUGCCUUCUCUGCCCGCCAGGCAGGUGUGCAGAUGCAUGUGUGUAACAGGGAACACUAUGGGUUCCUACCUGUUCCUCUGAAGGCACAUCAGAACUUAGAGGAGGAGAAGGAGAGCUUCACACACACCAUCACUGAGGCCAUGAUUGACCACAGGCUGGAGUCUUCUCAGUAUGUGUACUCCCCCCCGACCCAGCAGGACAAGAUGGACUUUGACGAGGUCUUCCUGGUGAACCUGAGGCGUCGUGUGGACAGGAGGACCAGGAUGCUGAGCACCAUGGCAGCUCUGGGUCUGCAGGCUACCGUCACCGAUGCCGUGGACGGGAAAGCUCUGAACUCAUCCCAGCUGCAGGCUCUGGGUAUAGAGAUGUUGCCGGGAUACAAGGACCCCUACUCUGGACGGGUGCUGACCCGGGGGGAGAUAGGCUGCUUCCUGAGUCACCACUCUACAUGGACACAGGUGGUGGAGAGGAACCUGCAGCAGGUCCUGGUUCUGGAGGAUGAUGUGAGGUUUGAACCCAGAUUCAAACGACGUCUGCAGGCCAUCAUGGAUGACAUCAUCAAGACCCAGCUGGACUGGGACCUCAUUUACGUGGGGAGGAAGAGGAUGCAGGUGCAACAGCCGGAACAAUCCGUAGUGGGUGUCAACAACCUAGUGGAGGCCGACUACUCCUAUUGGACGCUGGGCUAUGCGCUGUCCAAUCAGGGAGCCAGGAAGCUGCUAGCCGCCCAGGCCUUUAAUAGGAUGUUGCCGGUGGACGAGUUCCUGCCCAUCAUGUUCAACAAGCACCCCAAUGCUGAGUUCAGGUCCCACUUCUCCCCGCGGGACCUGAGGGCCUUCUCUGUGGAGCCCUUGCUGCUGUACCCCACCCACUACACGGGGGAGCCGGGCUACGUCAGCGACACGGAGACCUCCACCAUCUGGGACGACGAGGCGGUGGCCACGGACUGGGACCGGCAGCAGGCGCGCAAGACGGCCCAGCAGGACAGCCUGCGGGCCGGGGCCCACAACACCGUCAGCGGAGACUCCCCUCCCCCCGCCGCACGCGCUGCCCGCGACGAACUCUGAGAGAGGGAUUCUGGGAUACGCCUGGGAACUGGGACCCUGGGACACUGGAACAUGCACACACACUUGGAACACACACACACCUAGGACACACACACCUGGGACACAUACACACCUAGGACACACACAACUGGAACACACACACACCUGGAACACACACACACCUGGGACACACACACACACCUGGAACACACACACACCUGGGACACGCACACACCCCUAGGACACACACACACCUGGGACACACACACACCUGGGACACACUCACACCU